AAAGUCGUACGUGUUUGUCAUUAUCAGUAAUGUCAAUGAAUAGUGUUGUCACUGAAGCGAUUCAUUGUUUUGUUGUUUUCUCCUAAAUUCUGUUGAUCACCAUCAGCCGUCCUACAUUCAGUUUGGUUCGAUUUAAAUGAUUCGCGCGGAGUGAUCAAGCACGACUUGAUGUGAACGUGGCUCGACAGUGAACAAGAAAGCAAUGGGGAUAUUCGGGAACUCAUCGCCUUUCGACCAAGAUGUCGAAAAGGCGACAAACGAGAACAACUCUAGCGAAGACUGGGCCUUAAUCCUAGAGAUCUGUGACCGCGCGGGCGCCGGGGCGACCGCAGCGAGGGACUGCCUGCGCGCCGUCACGCGCCGAUUGGCCCACACCGACCCUCAUGUACAACUGAAGGCCGCAACUCUCCUUGACGCCUGCGUCUCCAACUGCGGCCGCAACUUCCUCCUAGAGGUCGCCUCUCGCGACUUUCUUCACGAGUUCCGCCGUCUGCUUGCGCGAGCUCAGCCCCCUGUGGCGCGCCGACUGCGAGGCUUGUUAAAGAAAUGGGCGGAAAAUGAGUUCAAAGGCGAUCCGCAACUCGAUUUGGUGCCUUCGCUGUAUUUGAAGUUACGCGUUGAAGGCCACGACUUCGAAACCAACGAGCCCACCGCCGCCCCCGCCCAGGCGGCCACGUCCGCCGCCGCGGCGCGCGAGCACGACGACCUCGCGCGCGCCAUCGAGCUGUCCCUCCGCGAGAGCGGCGCCGGCGCGGGCGGCGGCGUCCCCGGCGGCGGCGGCACCGGCGGCGCCGGCGGCGGCGCGCUGUACCCGCGCGUGGAGGACGCCGCGCCCGCGCCGGCGCCCGCGCCCGCCGUGCCCGCGCCCAGGAAAGUGCGCGCGCUCUACGACUUCGAGGCCGCCGAGGAUAAUGAGCUGACGUUUUUGGCCGGAGAGAUACUGUGGGUGACGGACGCGAGCGACCCCAACUGGUGGAAAGGGAGCAACGAGCGCGGCGAGGGGCUCUUCCCUGCCAACUUUGUCAGCGCCGAUCUCGAGCCUGCCCCGAAGAUCGAGUCGCGUUCAGGCGGCAAGAGCGUCCAAUUCGCGGCCUCCUCCGGCCCUAUUCAAGAAGAAGAGGAGGAACCGGAAAUAGAUGAAGCGGCGUUAGACGCGGCGUUGCUCGCGUUACAUGAGGCUAGCCCCGAAGCACCCGCCCCAGGGGAAGAGGAUCUCGCUAGGCAUGAGGUAAAUCCACUUAAACUAGAAGAGGAAAAACCAGAGAUAGAUAAAGCGGCGUUAGACGCGGCGUUGCUCGCGUUACAUGAGGCUAGCCCCGAAGCACCCGCCCCAGGGGAAGAGGAUCUCGCUAGGCAUGAGGUAAAUCCAAUGGCGGGCGUGGUGGACGCGGCGCUGCAGCGCGCAGACGCCCGCCACGCGCGCCUCACGCAGCUCUCCGCCGAGCUCGUCGACGCGCUCAACCUCUACCACCACCUCAUGCGCGAGCCCCUCAAGCCUUACAACAUGCCGCAGCCACAUAUACCCGGGGUGCCUCCUGGUGUGCCAGGUGUGCCGGGGCCGGCGCUGCCGCCGCACCUGCAGCAGCUGCACUACUUCCCGCCGCCCGGCCCGCAGCAUCCUCCCGGACAACCGCCGCAACCUAGGUGCUGAGACCGCGGCCGCGUUGUUAAUACGAUUUUAUUUUAUUACCGACUUAUUGUUAAUCCUGUACCCGUAUUUAUUUCCAAGCACGUUAGUCGCAAAAUCGCAUUCCGUGCCUCUGCGCACUGUUUGAACCUUAAAGGGUUAGGUUAGUGUAAAAUUAUCUGAGAUUAUUUGAAUUUAUUUAUGAGGGAUCUUGAUAUCGUUGAUUUUGGAGUAUGGCGGCUAUAUGAACGUCUACAUAUUAAGCAAAUUUUAGACAAAUCUUAAGGUAACAUUCUAAUGGCGUCUACAGCAGCUUUGCAGUAGUAACGUUGUUGCAAUUGUUAUCAGAAUGUCACCUUAAGUUGAGGAAAUAUGCUAUGCAUUUUAAUGUAUGAUUUCAAUUCAAACUGCUGCUGCAGCGGUACGUUGCGAAGCAUUCUAAAUUGUAACACGAAACGGUCUGCGGUCGCUUGCAGUCGGAAUUGAAAUUUUACAUUUAGAUACCUAACAAAAACGAAGUCACGAACUAUCAAUAAAUACUUUCGAAUAGGGCUGUUUUAUUCCCGUGUAAGAAAUAUUAAAGAGUUAUUUAAAUUGUGGGAGUUGUUGAUGGAAAUAUUUUAAUCGAAAUUUGUCUGUAAGCAAGUUUGUGUAUAAUAAUGGACAUGCAAUAAAAGACUAAUCAUUAUAA